AUGUACUUGCAGAUAAUCGAUCACUUAGCCAAAUUGAAAAAAUUUGUUCAGCUUUGCUUAGGUGUACUAAAAGUUGGUGGUACAGCGUUUAUCAGAGAAGAUUUAAGUAAGUUCAAUUUGCAUCGAGAUUUUUUCUGUUUUUUUUUUUUUUGCAUUUGUCUUGCUAAACAAAAUUUUAUGGAUCUUUACUGGGUUCUAAAAAAACGAGAAUACGUUAAAAAAAAUGAUGCAGAAAUAAUAACUUUCCGCGAUUUUCUGGACAAAACUCAAUACACAAAUACUGGUAUUUUUGCUUAUGAGUGGAUAUUUGGUGAUAACUUUAUUAGUCCAGGUGGAGCCAAAGAAAACUUAGCCAUUUUGAAACAGCUUGGAAAAUUGAAAGCCGGGCAAUCUAUGUUAGACAUUGGAGUUGGUAUUGGUGGAGGUGCUCGACAAGCAGCAUCUGAGUUUGGUUUGCAUGUCCUUGGUCUUGACUUAAGUUCAAAUAUGCUGUCUGUAGCUAUGGAUAGGUUGCAAAAAGAUAAAGAUACACGAGUCAGGUACAGCCUUGCAAAUGUAAUGGAAUGCGAAUAUGCUCCCGAAACCUUUGAUAUUGUGUAUAGCCGUGACUGCCUCCAACAUAACGAUGAUAUGCCUUCUUUAAUGAAAAAAAUCUACAGAUGGCUGAAACCUGGUGGGCGAGUAUUAAUAACGAUGUAUGGAAAAGGACAUGGUGAACUGAGCACUAAAUUUCAAAAUUAUGUUCAACAGCGACAUUAUUAUUUGAAGACUCUUGAACAGAUGAUUACGGCACUUAAAGAUGCUAAAUUUGCGAAUGUUGAAGGCAAAAAUAUAACCCCACGAUUUGAACAGAUUCUUACACAAGAACUAAAAAAUGCUGUUGAGAAUAAGGAAGAGUUUCUGAAGAGAUUCAGCGAAAAAAAAUAUGCAGAUCUGAUUGAGGGGUGGAACGAUAAGUUGGGUUAUAUUGCUGAUGAUAAUCAUAACUGGAUUUGGCUUUUUGCUGUUAAACCAAUGCACAGUUGA